AUGCAAACCUUCUCAGUAACUUCUCCGGGAAUCUAUGAGGAUCCACCAUUUAGCAUAGAAGUGGCUAACUCUGAUCCAAAACACGAUAAAAUUGUUACCUCAAAGCCGCGCCGUCACCCCGAACACGCAAACGCACUUGCCAGCACACCCAACCCUCAUAUACACACGCUGUACGAUAUAGUCGCAUAUGCUGGAUCCAAAUUUGCCGAACUCCCUGGCCUCGGAACGAGAGAUCUCAUAAAGUUACACCGAGAGGUCACUGAUGUUAAGACGGUAGUAAAUGGAGAAGAAAAGAUUGACAAGAAGGAAUGGGUCUAUUUCGAAAUGGGUCCAUUUAAAUAUCUCACUUUUCGUCAGUACUUCGAGCUGGCUCUUUCCCUUGGCGCCGGCAUGAGGAGCUUGGGUAUGGUACCCGGUAAUCGAGUCCACAUCUUCGCAGCCACAAGCAUGAAUUGGCUCGCAGUAGCUCAUGCUGCAACGACACAAUCUAUUCCGGUAGUAACAUCUUACGCAACAUUGGGCGAGGUUGGCUUGACUACCUCACUUACGCAAACGAGAGCCAAAGCUAUAUUUACUGAUCCAGACCUCAUAUGUAAACUUAUCAACCCCCUCAAAAGUGCACCACACGUACAGUAUGUCAUAUACAACGAUCAAAAUUCGGUCUUGGAAGAAGAUUUAGCCUCACUUAGACAAGCACAUCCUAAUGUGAAGAUUUUAAGCCUCCAAAUGCUGAAACAGCUAGGGAUUUCUACCCCUGUAGAGCCAGUGCCACCAAAUGCAGACGAUCUUGCCUGCAUCAUGUACACGAGUGGCUCAACCGGUCUUCCCAAAGGUGUUAGCCUUACUCACAGAAACGUAGUAGCUGCCAUAUCCGGAAUUAGCAGCGUCUUUCAAAGAUUUCUUUCUACUGACGACUCCAUGCUCGCCUACCUUCCGUUGAGCCACAUAUUCGAAUAUGCAUUUGAAAACUGUUGCUUCUAUUGGGGAAUCCGUAUAGGAUACGGCAACCCACGCACUCUAUCAGCACUUUCGAUGCGAAACUGUGAGGGUGAUAUCAAAACAUUCGCGCCAUCAAUUCUUGUUGGCGUCCCAGCAGUAUGGGAAACUCUUCGUAAAGGUAUUCAAGCCAAGGUUGCUCAAUCAAGCCUAAUGAAGCGAACAAUUUUUCAAAAUGCGUUACGCGCAAAGGAAUUCCUCUGUACUCACAGUCUCCCUGGACCCGAGAUAUUGACUCAUAUUGCUUUCAGCGCCAUUAUAGAAGGUACGGGUGGACGAUUACGCGCCUGUUUCAAUGGAGCUGGCGCGCUUGACGAGAAAACUCGCAAGUUUAUCUCAUAUAAUAUCGCCCCGCUUGUAAGCGGCUAUGGAUUAACCGAAACUUGUGCCAUGGGUACCCUGCAAACGCCAUUGCAAUGGACCCCCAAUACAGUCGGCGCACCCAGUGGAUGCGUUGAGAUAAAACUUCUCUCCCAUCCAGAACUGGGCUAUUUCGCGGAUCGAGAGACAAAAAAUGUCUUCCUAGACGGUUGGUUUCGGACUGGUGAUGUCGGCGAAUGGGACAAAAAUGGGCACCUGAAGAUAAUUGACCGAGUCAAGAAUCUUGUGAAGAUGUUGGGAGGAGAGUACGUUGCUCUAGAAAAACUUGAGUCCGUUUACCGAACCUCGCCCCUCAUUCUUAACGUUUGCAUUCACGCAAUCUCAUCCUUCUCACGCCCGACUGCUAUAAUAUCGCCCUCGCUUCCUGCUCUCACUUCACUACUAGCAGAGCGAAAAAUUGAUAUCCUGUCCAAGGCUGCAACUCCAACAUUAAAUAUACCCACCGUAAGAAAUGUCAUUCUUAAUGACUUGCAAAAAAUAGGACGAAAAUCAGGACUAGCUAGCUUUGAGAUCGUUGAUAAUCUUUUCAUCAUCGACGAGGAAUGGACACCAGAGAGUGGCUUAGUAACACCAGCUAUGAAGCUCAAACGGCGAGAUAUAGUCAAUCGAAUAUUUCCCCAAAAGUAG